ACGGGCUCAGAAGGACGAGCUCUCUCCUGCAGAACACACACAUUCACUCACACACUCACACUCACUCACACACACAUUACUCAUCCCUGUUGCUGUUGCUGUUGCUGUUGCGUCGUCAUCCUUUCCCACACAGGUCAUUUACAUCAGAGACCCAGAGAACCCAGACUGUCCUCAGGGAACCUGAGAAGGUAGAACAACAUGUGACUGCUCCGUUGGCCUCCACCGUCAGCAUGCUUCGCCUCCGCUGCACCUUGCUGCUCUGCUUCUGGUGGUAUUUGCUGCUUGUCAGGCAGGCUGUGGCGGACGAAGACGCCCUCUGGGGACCCACGCCGCCUCGAGAGAACCCGCCAGAGACUAAACGAAGCUGGUUUUGGACUCCGUCUCUGCCCAAGUUCCUUGUCCCGUUUUUUAGCAGCUCGGACGGCGACGACCCAAAGACUGACGGGCCGAGCACAACUGCCAAAGGCUUGACGCUUGAAGUGUUUGAUCAAGACCAAGGUUCAGGGGAUGAUUCCGGUGAAUCUGAAGGAGCCAUCACUUCCCAGGAGCUCCUAAUCAGAGUGACAACGUUACGGGGUGAAUCACUUCCCACGGGGACGUCAGAUUCUCCACACAGCAGCUCAGCGCAGACCAACAAUGUCACACUUGUUUUUAACUCCCACUCUCCCACGAGCAGCUCCAUCACAGGCGCUCUCUUCACUGACAGCCCAACCAGCAGCACGAACGCUCCGCAACAAAAUGCAACACAUUCCCACCCACCACCGGGAAUCACAGAAGCAGCCGUGCACAGCAUGGGUGCCGCUGAACAACACCUCCCUGAGGAGGAGGAGAAAGGAGGUUUUACUACAAAGACCACCGUCGCACCAGAAACUACAGUACCCACUGCCCUGACAUGGGCUGCAGCCCAAACCACUUCCACAAGGCCCAGACGGGCAGAGACCACACAGAGUACCAGACGUCCUUUAAGACCCUUUGACCCCACCACAUCUGUCAGAAAACCACAGGACACAAGCGUUAGCGUUAGCAUUACCACGUAUGCUGAUGAGACCACAAUGUUCAAAGAUCACAGCACUCGAAGUCAGGCGCUGUUCGAGGCCAGGUCAGCACAGCCUGUGGUAUCGACAGCAGCCGUGGGCAUCGAUCACAAACAGAUCCUGGAAUCCAUAACCAGCAGCACUCAAAGGCGACGCGACGAGGAACCGAUUACAGCAGAGGGGGAGGAGAACCACCAGGAGGCCGAGACAGGAGCGGUGCCUUCAGCCGAAGGCGGGGAUGAAGAUACGACAACGACAAUCACAACUUCUUCAAAUCCUCCGACAACAUCACAGCCUCCAUGGAAAAGUAAUCCCACCCAAAUCCCACUCUACCCUCUCUCCACUGAUGAGUGGCCGUUCAACCUGGAGGACAACAGCGCCACAUAUCUUCCGGACUGCAACAAAGAACGCUCCGGGAUCUGUAACCUCUCAGACACCUGGGAAUCUACCACUGCCAUGGACGUCAGACCAACACAGAACUCCACUGCCACAAACCAGUCCAUCAGCCCCUUCCUGGUCCCCGCCCCACCCAUGCUGGUACCCUUAUACACUGACUGGAACAGUGCCAUGGCAGCCUGGGGCCUAGCAUGGGAGGCGCACGUGUACGGGAUAGGUUGCAUAUUUGCAAUGCUAACGAUAGCUUCUGCGCUGAAUCUUCUCUGUUUGCCACUGAGAUGCCCCUCGGGGUGUGGAUACUUUGCCCUGGUCAGUUUGUUCCUCCUAGCUGCCGGUUGCACCAGAUCCUUCUCACUUCUCUACGAUGCCUACGGCCAACAGGACCGCCUGCCCUUCACAGAGGCCUCGGUGGUGCUCUACGAGGCGCCAUUUCCCUGCAUGACCGCGGCUUUCGGCCUUGUGUUCCUCCUCCUCUCCAUGCGUUCCAGAAUGCAGCUCUCGUACUCCACCUUUCAGAGACCCUGCUUCCUGGCCUGCCUGGUCUUCCUUCACUUUGCCGCCGCCUUCGGUCCAGUCACACUCUUCAAGUUCUACCAACAAACUCCUCCCAACUGCCUCCUGCUGUUGCUCGUUUCACGCGGAGCAUUUGUAGUGCUAGCCUCGUUUCUGUCCACUGCCUACUUCGUGUUCUACAUCUACGUGCGAGCGGACUCCAAACACAUCUACCACCUGAACAACACUUCACCCACGCCCGCUGAACGCUACAACCGCUGUCCCUUUGCCGAGAGUCGCGACUGGGAUCGUGCAGCCCUGACUGUUUGCCUCUCGGCAUUGUUUUCUUUGGCGUGCGCAGGACUGCAGUUGUUUGCGAUACUCAAUGCAAUGGGAGUUGCGGGAGGGGAGGAGGUCUUUCACCCCUGGCCCUGGUGGAUAUUCCAGUUCAGCUGCAGACUCUGCGAGCUUGGAGUCUGUCUUACCUUAGCCUUUGUAGUUGCGCAGCCUGUUUACUGCUCGGACCACCUGCCAGACGCAGGAAGCUGCUGGACUGAAAUGUUAGCAUCCAAAUCCCCGAUCCUACCUGGGACCUAUCACUGGACCUUAAGCCAACAGGAGAAACUUGCCAUUGUCGAUACAGUUGGACUUGGCGAGACUGAGAACCUCCCUCUUUACACUUUGAUGGAUGAGAGGAUCGAUACUCGUCUCAAUGGUCUGGACCUGCUCUACCACAGCAACCGCGCCUUGGCCUACCAAGAUCUGGACUUGCACUUGGACCUACGACAGUCACAAAAACUUGAGGAUGGAAUCAGUAAAGACCCGUCAGGUGGAUCCUCAUUUACCAGUGACUCCACCACAGACCUGCGGCCACCUUCGCCCAUUAACCUACGUCGCAGCAUAGAUGAAGCGCUCUUCAGUGAGGCUCUUUUUCCCAUGAGCCUCUUCAGCCCCACUAGGCCUAUUCGACUCAGCGACAUGUCUAUCAACAACAACAAAGCUCUACCCGGCAGCACCGUCUGUGAUCCUCUGUCAACAGACUCUGGCCUUUACCGAACUUCAUCCUGCGUAGAGAUGGUCCCUUAUCCCCGGCAACACACAAAGAAAUCUCAGAAAGAAGCUAUUGUAGGUGCUCCACCGUCCCCAUCUUUGACCACCUCCUCCAGUGCUUCAUCUCCAGAACGUUGGAGGGGCAGUUCGUCUUCCUGUUCCCUUUACAGAACCUCUCUCAAAGGUUCAUCUCUGGUUCUUUGCCUAAGCCCAGAAACACGUCCUCCACCCCAUCAAGGGGCUACUGAAAAUUCGGCAUCAUGUAGCCACCAGGCAGAUGCUGACCAACAGAGGCACUAUCCAACAGGGGGCACUACCUCACAUGAAAGCCCGGACAGAGAUGUUGUUUCUGAGGUGGACCAAUCUGUGAAGGAGGAGUUCAUCCACGCUUGCAGACAAAUCGAUGCUUUGAGCAUCUGCAGUGAGACGAUUGACUUGUAGGAAGGACAGUCUGGAGAAACGAGGGUAACAAUAAGGGGUUUUACAAGCGGGUCUCACCCCUGGUGGUAAGUUGACUGUAAUGGUUUUCUAUUGGCUAACUCAGACGUGGGCUAAAUUGAACACCGGGGACGGGUCAGGAGCAGAUAGAUGGAGCUAAACUAAGAUAAAUGACAUGUAGAAGUCAUGCAUAAAGGCUAAAAUGCUAAAACACUUAUAAUUUUCUUCGCCAUCUAAUGGGGAAACGUGGGUAUUGCAGAGGAAAGACCAGAAGUAUAAUGAUAAUACAAAUAAAUUAUAUAAUUUGGAAAAGUUUGGCCGGCUUGAACGGGCCGCUUACGGCCCCCGGGCCUUAGUUUGCCCUUGCCUGGGCUAACUGUCACCUUUCAAAGCUUAUUUGAAGUAGUAGUUCUAUGUGACAUGCUCAAACUCUGUCACAGAUUCCUCCACAAGGACAAAAAAAAAAAACAAACACUUUCCACUUUGCACAGACAGAUAGGCAUUAAUAGUCAACACUGCUCUAAUGCCCCUCUGUCUGCCCUGGAUGACUUCAGCUCACCGUGAACAAAACUAUAUCCACACUAACUUAACCAACAGCAUGAGUGGGAGCAUGAAUGAGUUCUACAAAAUUCUUAAAAAUAGGCCUCACCUCAGGCCACCGAUGACUCUGCUUUACUCAACAACAAUAAAAAAUAUCAUCAUAACGUCUGGUCGCUGUGAGUAAAAUGAAAUAUUUUACUUUGACGUCAUAGACGUAGGUUUGAGGCGAACAAACAGUUGUUUUUUCACAGAGAAACAAACAGUUACGGUGGAUCACUUACAUGAAAACUCCAAAUUGCCCCGUCUUUCUUAGAUUCUUUCAGGUCUUCCUUGUCUUAUUAGCUAGCUCGCUAACAACAAAGAGCCAUGCUAAAGCCAUAGUCUUCUUUUAUUGAGGAGCCAGGAUGCUAUCGUUGGUGAGCGCCCUCUUUUGGACCACAUGGUAACUACAGGUUGAGCCCUAAGUGGUAGAGUGAGGUAACUUUCACGUAAGAAUUUCACACCUGCUCGUGUGGGUUUUGGUCAUUGAUAAGCUUUGGUCAUCAGUGAAUGUCUUUGAAGAUUUAAGUGCCAAGAAUGUCAAAAGCCAAACGGUCAUUUGUAACUUUUUUCAUGUUUGAUAAAAGUCAAUGAGUAAAAAACAAAGAUUUUACUGUGUUGUUGACAACAGGAGUGUAUUUGUACAAAAUGUUUUUAUUGAAUUCCAACAUUCCAAUAGAUACUACUGUGGCGGAGUAAAGCACUUAUUAAAAUACUACUGAAGUCAGCAGAAUAUAGUUCUCAUCCAGUGUCAUGAUAAAUAUAGAGAUUAAAUCGAGCUCGUGAACCUAUAGUGUUACUCACGGGAGUCAUGGCGCAGCAGUGCCCUCUUCUGGUGGAACCUCUCCCUCUGUAUUACCACUGCAGUUAACUCUUCUGUGAUUUACUAAUUUAUUUAUGUUAAAAACAGUAUAACUUUAACACAGUGUUUAAUAAAGAUCGUUUUGGUAAUGGCUGAGUCUUUUUGCUUAAAAUAAAGGUGUCAGGCAGUUAUGUGUGAAUAACUUUUUUUUGAUACAGUGGAUUUUAGACAUCAUUGUGGAUGUGGAGGUACUUUCAAAAUAUUUAAUAAUUCUUAUAAUUCAUAGCUUUGGAUGUAGUUGUAUUUACAUUUAUCAAAUCAGAUUAAAAGUCGUGGUACAUUUUCUGCCAUUUAAUUAAUGACAAACACAUUGCUUUUGCAGACAAUAAAAUUAAGGAUACACAACAACAGCGACCCCUACCAAAAAACUAUGUAAGAAAGCAGCACAAGAUCAAAAUAUAUUUGAGACCAAUUGUAAAACGUUUGAAUAGUAAAAGUAACAAAAUACUAUUUUUGGGAAAUAACACAGUAGAUCACACACAGUCAUAUUUAUUUAUUUUUAACCAUAUUGACCAACAUGAGCCAACUGUCUUUCUAGAGUGUAUUUACUGUAAACAUAACUUUUCUCAAAAAAACAAAAACAUGAAGACCACAGAGUCUUUUCAGUCCGUAGAAAAAAGUAGAUUUUGGUUGUAUUGCAGUAGCUGUGUUUUCAGUAUCAUGAAGACAGGAUCAUAAAGUAUACAUAUAUACAUGUAUAUACAUAUAUUCAUACAUAUGUAGAUAUAUUGGCAUUAUACCUAUAUAUGCAUGUGUACUUCAUAUAUAUGUAAAUAUAUACCGAUAUAUGUAUUCACAUAUAUCGGUAUACUUUAUGUUUAAAGUGCAACACUAAAAAAUAAUCUAUAAACCUCACAUCCCAGUCACAAGCGAGGUUAAUAAAGGAACUGUAAGUGUUUUGGAGUGUUUUUUUUUUUUCUACGACAAAUCUUUGAUUUUCCAGAACCUGAAUGUUGUGUUUUGGUGGAGGACUGAAAACAAUCUGCGGCCCUUUGACGGAAUACAAGUAUAGCUUUAAAAAUCUCCACAUAUACUUUCUUCCAGGUGUGUUAACUAUGUGAACACUGAGCAGGGUUACAAUAGAAAAACUCAACUCUUUACCAUUGAACUGUUAAUAAAAACAAGAAGAAAAAAAAACAGAAUAAAAAUAUCUGCGACACCUACAGAAGCCAGUACUGAACCUGAGGAAACAAUGAAUGAAAGGGCUAAAAAAGUGUUUGUCCCAUAAUGCAUUUCAAAGCAUUUACACAGCCCUUUCCAUCCUUGUUUCUCUGAUUACAAAAACAAAACAACAGAAAUUAGUUUAAAAAAAAAGAAGUAAA